GCCAAAGCAUUGCCUGAAAAGAUUGACUUUUCAAACAUUUGUUACUCUUAUUCAAGCCAUGGAGGAGCUUUUUUAAAUCAAAAUAGUAUAUUUUAUAUUUGAAUUGACACUUUUCCUAAUUAUUUAGACUGUUCAUUAGAAAUCAAGCCAAUAGUGUCGACUGUAUUCGCGUGUCAUCCACAUCAACAUCAGCUCUUCGCGCCAAUUGCUGUUCUUUCUCCGUGUGUGCUACUGUUGACGGGUGGACGUGUGUUUGACUGCUUCACGAAGCUUUCCUCGUGCGUUUCUCGCAACCAUGCCUGCGGUGUCGGCAGUUUCCCGCAGGAAUACAACAGUUUUCACUUCGACACUCGUGCUCCUCAUGCUGCUCAUAAAAAAGAGGAAGCAAGUACGCGAGCAGCGGCAGCCUCGCCGUUGGUGGAUUCGCCCUGUUUUCUUGGCGCGUAAGCAAGAAGGCCUCUACCACACUGCGAUGAAACGGAUGCGCGAAGGCGAUCAUGGAUUUUUUUUUAAGUUCUAUCGAAUGACGCCAGCACUUUUUGAUGUGCUGCUCAGAUUCGUUGCUCUGGACCUGACAAAAAUCCACGUGUCGAGGGAAACUCUCGAGCCUGGUGAACGGCUUGCAAUAACCUUGAGUUACCUUGCAUCAGGGCAAGAUAUCCCCUCUGUUGCUCUGGCGUAUCGAGUGGGAAUCGAAACUGCCCGCUUGUGCAUUCAUGAAACGUGCGAAGCAAUCUGGGAAAGGCUAAAAGAUCAUGUCAUGAAGACACCUACCAAAGCAGACUGGCACUGUAUUGCCAAAGGAUUUCAUUCACGGUGGCAGUUCCCGAACUGCUUGGGUGCCGUUGACGGGAAGCAUGUUGCUAUUGUAUGUCCACCAAAAUCUGGCAGCAAAUUCUUCAACUAUAAGGGCACAUUUUCCAUAGUGCUGAUGGCUGUGGUGGACAGCGAUUGCAAAUAUGUGCUUGUGGACGUCGGUGCAGAAGGCCGCCAAAGCGAUGGGGGAAUAUUCAAGGAAUCAUCCUUUGGUUGUGACCUCUCUAAAGGCCGCCUUGACAUUCCAGCAGUUGGCACCCUACCAGGCACUUCCACAUGUGUGCCUUAUGCCUUUGUGGGAGACGAGGCAUUCCAGCUUCGUAAGGACUUCAUGAGGCCUUACCCCGCAAAAUGCCUCAAUGACACUAUGAGGAUUUUCAACUACAGGCUCAGCCGAGCAAGACGCUGUGCAGAAAAUGCCUUCGGCAUCACUGCUGCCAGGUGGAGGAUACUGCUUCGCACCAUAAACGUGCAGCCCAGCCAUGUGGACUUCGUGGUGAAGGCCGCUUGUGUCCUCCACAACUUCCUUACUCUGUACAACCCACAUGCCCCUCAAUUCUUGGACAGAGAAGACAGUUUCGGAAACGUUGUUGGAGGGCGCUGGCGGCAUGGUGUGCAACAUGUGCCAGACAACAGUUUCUUUGCCAUGGCUCCAACACAGGCACGAAACUACGAUGGUGAUGCAGGUGCUGCAAGAAGGUUGUUCGCCAGCUACUUUUCUAGCACGGCUGGCCAGGUUCCUUGGCAGUGGAAUCUACCAGGACUGACAAAGAAGCAGCCCUCCUAGACACUUGUUCUUCACUGCCAGUUCGGGCAAGGACGCACAGCUGCGUCAUCACUCUCCUUUCUAGCAUGGCACUGCUUGCCCAUUCUUCAGUGUGACAGCUGCUCUUAAGGGGGUAUGGUAGGGUGAACCCAGCAAAAAAUUGAAUUUGCAGUCUUGACACCAAAAAAUUCACUGUACUCUGAGGAACGAAGCUGUUGAAGCCCGACGUUGAGAAGCAACUCCACGUGGUUUAAAUUCCGCACCGUAGUGUGCCACGCAACCUCUGGCGUAAGCAGUAUGUGGAUGUAAAAAUUAGUUUUUCUCAAAGUGCGUUUUCUGUAAGUUUUUCAACUUCAACCUACCUUUUCUCAAAAUGUACUGAAUUGAUUUUUAUAAAACUUUGUAUGCAUGAGCUACAACAAGUAAGCAAAUAUGGUUACAUUCCUUUUGCUGUUGCAGAGAAAAGGUACCAAACUUUUUUCUCUGUGGAACUCAAACUCGAUUUCUCAAUUUUUCUCAAUUUCACUCACUCAGACUUGCCAAAAUACUUCACUUACUUUGGCUCAGACUCGCGGCUUGAUGCCAAUGUGAGUGUGAGGGUUCUCUCAUGAGUGACUUUGCCUACCUAUUAUUUGACUCCUCACGCAAAUCAGCUUUUCACUUUUCUUGUUUUCUGUGCUCCCUGGCUCAUCUUGUCAUACCUUCUAUUCUCCUCAAAUUUGAAUGUGUUCUUGUAAAUUAUUCUUCUGUGAAAAAUAAAUUUUUAUUUUACUAAGUCCA